AUGCAUAGAGAGCACAUAACUGCUCCCUACAUGAGGACGGCAACUUCAUUGGCGAUGUUCCAUGUGGCUCUAUCGCUGGUUGUCGCCACUACAUUGGCCUUCACAAUAAGCCUAUGCUCGUUAGUAUGGUCAAUGGUACAAUCGUCCACAUACUUCGGAUGGAAUUCGGCCGACUCUCUUAAUAAAUUCCUAGCUUUGAUUCCGGGUAUUGGGGUAUACAGAGGCAACAUAUACGGCGUUGAAACAACCACUGUUCUGAUCGCUGCCGUAUGGGCAAUAACUCUCACGGAAGCUUAUUAUGAGCACGUCAACCAACAAAUCUCACACCGAGAUCAUGUAGUCGCAAAUACUCUGGAGCAAUUCCCGCCGCAUGGGUCACUUAACUACGAGGACGAACUGAUAAUAGCACGCGCAUUCCUCAAUUAUUCACUUGGAGUGAGCAUGACGUUAAACCCGGUUAGGAAUAAGUUCGAACCAAGAGGGAAUUCUAUGAACGCCUCAUUACCUGACGAUCCAAGACGUUGUCCGAUGCUCCCCUUCAUCAAGAUACCACAGGUGUCGGUUUAUGCAAUUGAAGGAAAACGCCAGAGAUAUCAAGUUGAUGCAGUGGUAUAUCGCAUGUUAAUAGAUGAUGAGGGGCGAAUGUUUUCGUCGUAUGUCGAGGCGUUCGUGGAAUGCAUGGUGGAAGCCGAGAGUCACAUAGUAGCGCUCACAAGCAAAAGGGAAAGCAUGGCGGAUUUGCGCAUUGAUCUUAAACCCGAUUCAAACACAUGUGCAUCAUGUAGUGGAUGGGCAGACUUUGUUCUUGGUGGUUGGCUAGGUGUUACGCAAAAAGUACCUCACAAGGCUGCCGACACCAUGGUGCUAGUAGUGAUAUAUAUGAGGGGUCUGGCGAGUUGGUUGAGCAUUGCAAAUAUGCUAGGAUAUGCUGACACCCAUAUACAACAAGUGGCCAAGGAACUCGUCGCGCAGUGCGUGUCACUUUCCAAGGCUGUGGCAACUAUUCGCCGGUAUUCUAUGCCUCCAUACUUUUACAAUACUCUAGAUGUGAUCACUAAUGUGAUAAAUACCACAUUAAAACAAAUGACGGUCUAUGCGGACGCCAUGCUCUAUUCAACAUUCGACACGGACUUCGACACAUUCCGACUGCUCGAAAAGAUUUACAAACCAGUGAUACAUUCGGCUUUGCCUUAA